UUAAAAACACAAGUUCAGCAAGCAUGGAAGUGGUCGCGGCUCCCCGGGCCUGUCCUCUCCUGGGCGCCCAUCAAACGGUGCUGUUAGAAUGCAAGAGAGGUAGGCAUCUCUACGUUGAAAGGGUCAUCUGCCCUCUCUUUCAUCGCACCUCGUCACCCACAACUAUAGUUCAUCAAUAGUUCUAUACAAGCGUAUCAGAACCUGUCAUAUCGCGAAAACGCUAACCACCUCCAGAUGUGUACUACACCCCGCGUCGUCGUCAGAAGGUUUACUCUGGUGCCAACCUGUCCCUGACUUUCCCCAUGCUCGCAUGCAACACACAUGGGACAUAAAUCACAGGACGCCGACGGUUCCGAGAUGCGUCUUCCUCCUAUUAAAUGGAAGAUGACGCUGUGUUAGAGUUCCCUCGACUCGUCGUCCUUCUGUCGCCUUUCCCACUAGCUCAGUGGAUCUGCCGCAACUAGUCUGUAGCGAUGGGUAAAGGAUAUAAUGCCGCUAUCGCAGGUAAUCCGUACAUUGUCGGUUCAUUCGCAUGUAUUGGUGGAGGUCUAUUCGGACUGGACAUUUCGUCCAUGUCCGGUGUGUUGAGCAACGACGCUUACAAGAAUACGUUCGGAAACCCGGGGUCCAAUGCGCAGGGUGCCAUUGUUGCGUCUAUGCCGGCCGGCUCACUUGUGGGCGCGCUGGCUGUGACGGCUCUCGCUGACAAGCUUGGUCGCAAAAGGACAAUUAUUCUAUCCGGUUGGAUCUGGGUCAUUGGCAGUAUUCUUCAAUGCGCGGCGGUCAACCGUGGUAUGUUGGUCGCAGGUCGUGUCAUUUCUGGUAUCUCGGUCGGUCUAGCUUCGGCUACGGUCCCUAUUUACCAAUCGGAAAUUACACCCCCUGCUAUCCGCGGUCGUCUGGUCUCAAUGCAGCAAUGGUCCAUUACCUGGGGUAUUCUGAUUCAAUACUUCGUCGAGUUUGGUUGCUCGUACAUCGAUGGCGUGGCUUCCUUCCGCAUCCCUUGGGGACUCCAGAUGAUUCCUGCCAUCAUCCUGUCGCUUGGAAUGUUGCUCUUCCCUGAAAGUCCCCGAUGGCUGAUCGAUCACAAUCGGAACGAGGAAGCCCUUCAGAUCCUUGCUGAUCUGCACGGGAAGGGUGACAAGACCAAUGACCUUGUCCAACUCGAGUAUGCCGAAAUUCAGCAGCAAGUACAAUUCGAGCGCACAGAGGGCGCCAAGUCGUAUCUCGACCUCCUCAAACCUGGUGUAUUCCGUCGCGUUGGCCUUGGUACCUCUUUGCAGAUGUGGAGUCAACUUUCUGGCAUGAACAUCAUGAUGUACUACAUUAUCUACGUGUUCCAAGGCGCCGGUCUUACCGGUCGUCGCGGUAACCUCAUCGCCGACUCCGUCCAAUACGUCCUCAAUGUUUUGCUCACCAUUCCUGCUAUCAUUUACAUUGACCGAUGGGGGCGCCGCCCGAUGUUGGUCAUUGGCACGCUUCUAAUGGGCUUCUGGCUCUUCCUUGUCGGUGGUCUCCAGGGCCGCUUUGGACAUUGGGAUUCCAUCGACAAUAAUCCUACCUGGGUCAUUACUGGACACGAUGCGGCUACCAAGGCCAUCAUCGUCUGCUCAUAUCUCUUCGUCUGCAGUUUCGCAGUUACGAUGGGCCCUGUAUCAUGGACAUACCCCGCUGAGAUCUUCCCUAUGCGCGUCCGUGCGAAGGCUGUUUCAGUCUCGACCGCAACCAACUGGCUUUUCAACUUCGCGCUCGCCUGGGCUGUCCCUCCUGGCCUCUCCACGAUUGCUUACAAGACUUACUUCAUCUUCGGCACAUUCAACUUCGCUGCUUGCAUUCACAUCUUCUUCUGCUUCCCCGAGACAGCGGGACGUACACUUGAGGAAGUUGAAGAGAUUUUCGCGCAGGGACAUAUUUUCACAGCUUGGAAGGUUGAUAGGAAUGUUGGAAAGAAGACGGUGCAUGAUGUGCUCAAGGAUGGGAAGAUCGAUACAGGAAGCGAACAUGAGGAGCAUUACAACGAAAAGGCUUGAGCGUGACCUUGAUGUUUACCUUUCUGUGGUUAGCUCCUUUUGUAAUAGUACUGGUUUCCAGCAAUCAUUAAUUACUUAUUGACGAAUUCUUUACACUCAGCUAAUGCAGCUCCUCCCGCGCUUAUCCUAGUUUGUCUGGCAGGACAAAGAAACAGCGAGAGCGUCAGAGAGGGACAGUGCAGGGAAUGUUCGGUGAUCGGUCUGUGUCACUGGAUUCCCGCCGGCUCGCGAUGUCUCUAUCUGCUGCCUCUACACCACGGGACGCAAGAAACCUUCUGUGGUUGGUACGGAUGCGAUGGAGAGUGACGAACAUUUUGGGAAGGGGUUGCGAGGCCGGAUCCAGAGCGUACAAGUCUUCAAGAAAUUGUGCUGCAGGGUUCUAAGUCAAUGUCACGAAAAUUGAAAAUUCUUCCUUUCUCA